AUGGGCUGCGGGCCGUGGGCGCUGCUGGUGCUGCUGUUCGGGGCGGCGGGGGCAGCGGCCCCCCUGCGCUGCAACGUGAGCCUGGACAGCCCGGCCGAGCAGCGCUGGCUGCCCGUGCUGCGGCACUUCGAGCCCGCCUUCCUGCGCGCCGCUGUCCGGCGGAUCAUCGACGAGAGGGUACCGAAAUGGGUUCACCAGGUCAUCCAGCCCAUAGCAGCCGAACUGGAGAUUUUCAUACCGCAGCCCUUCGCGGGAGAGAUUGCGGGGAUGUGCAAAGCACUGGGAGUAGAUCUGGGAGAUGGAAUCCUGCUGAACUUCGCCUAUGAAUCCACUGCGUUCUGUACCAGCAUUGUCGCUCAGGAUGACAAAGGGAACAUUUACCACGGUCGGAACCUGGAUUACGAUUUUGUCGAUAUAUUAAGCAAGAUCACAGUGGAUGUGCAGUUUCUAAAGGGUGGGCAGGUUGCGUACCAAGGCACCACAUUUCUUGGUUAUGUAGGCUUAUGGACUGGCCAAAGUCCACACAAGUUCACCGUCUCUGGAAAUGAAAGAGAAGGUGGUAGCUGGUGGGAAAAUGCUAUAGCUGCUUUCCUCAAUAGGAAUUACCCUGUCAGCUGGCUUGUGCGAGAUACCCUGAGUGAAGCAGAGGACUUCCAGUCUGCUGUUCUCAGACUGGCUAGCAUUCCAAUCAUUGCUGAAGUUUACUAUAUUGUGGGAGGCGUCUCACCUAAAGAAGGCAUGGUCAUAACGAGGAAUAGAAGAGGCCCAGCAGAUCUGUGGCCUCUCAAUCCCUUAGAUGGAGAGUGGUUUCGUGUGGAGACAAACUAUGACCAUUGGACUACGCCUCCCCCUUGUGAUGAUCGCAGAACUGCAGCCAUCAAAGCUCUCAAUGCUACUGGACAGCACAACAUCAACUUCGAUACACUCUUUAAGGUGUUGUCAGUGAAGCCGGUCUUGAACAAUAACACAGUGUACACCACAGUCAUGAGUGCUGCGCUCCCGGAUCGCUACCAGACGUGGAUGAGAAUGGAGGAGUGA